AUGGAUAAAACAAAGAACAAGAAACAAAUUGGCAAUGCCAAAAGUAAAAAAGCUGCCAAGAAGGUAGUGAAAAAAGUUGUAAAAAAAGUUUUGAUGAAGAAAAAAAAAACACCAAAAAAGCUUACAGCAGUUCGAUUAUAUGAGAAAGGAGUUAUCUUGGGAUACAAAAGAUCGCAAAGAAACCAAGACCCUAACUUUACACUUAUAUCGAUAAGAAAUGUAAAUACAAAGAAGCAUGCUCAGUUUUACGUAGGAAAAAAAAUUGCCUACGUAUAUAGGACAAAUAAGCACCACGAUGGAGUGAAGAUUAAGUGCAUAUGGGGAAAGGUAUGCAGAACUCAUGGAAACAGUGGAGUUAUACGUGCCAGAUUUAGAAGUAAUAUCCCACCCAAAGCUUUUGGAGAUAGGGUUAGAAUACUAAUGUACCCAUCGAACAUUUAA